AUGAAGGUGGAAAGGGUUAAUCCUAGCCUUAUUAAUGAAUCAUCAAGGCCUCUGAGAAGAGAGGUACAGAAACUAUGCACUACGCACCAACAAACAAUCUUUCUCAAGCAGGGGAAUAUUCCUGGCCAGACCAUUUUAUAUUUACCUUUGAUUGCCAUGCUGGGAAUUCCAACAAGACCUAUGAUGGUGCUAGAUGCAAACAAGGUUCCAGAGUCGAAUUUGAGCAUGGAACAUCACCCAGAUGUUCAGCAUGGAUGUUUGGCAAAAGCUGGACCUAAGCAUGGUGGCCUGUCCAUGCAGAUAUUCCACAAAAACCCUCAAGUUGACAUCUGCACAACGACUACCGAUGAACAAACUGCUCAAAGUCAAGUCAGCGCCAGUCGUAGCCCAGCAACGAUGGCAGACUUCAGGCGCGCGAUCCGCCAGUUCCGUGUGGCUGGCUGCAGAGGUGGUCAGGCAGCCCGCGACCCACUGUGUCUUCGUGCGCGUCUGGGAUUCUCAUUCGGGUAUGCGUCGUUGAGACGAUACCGUGCCCUGCUACGAUGGGUCGUGGUGAUCGAAGAACGCACUGAAGCUGGGUGUGCUGUUUGUCUGAAUGUCGCUGAGGAGACCGGUCUGGCAACUGACAAGGAAGCCCAAAUCCUGCACAUCCAGCCUGUGGAUAUGAUAAAGCUAUAA